CUCGAAAACCCCUCUUCGGCUUCGCGGCCGGACCACCAAUAACCACCGUAACUCCACCAUUCCAAAUGACAUUAUUAUCCAAACUUUUGCUAUUUCAUCAACUGACCAACCUCCCAAUCAACCACCACAAUAAACCACCACCAUCUCCCUCACUCCCUUUCCUUUCCGCCACUUUACACAACCGCCGUUGUCAUUCCACCGCCUUAAACUGCCGUACCUCCGGUGGCGACGAUUUUCUAUCAACUAAUUCAUUCUACCGUGAAUUCUCCGUCAUAGCUAACAUGUUAAAAAAAAUUGAACCGUUAGAUACUUCUGUUAUAUCUAACGGCGUUUCUGAUUCCGUUAUUAACGCAAUGAAACAAAUGAUAGCAGCUAUGUUAGGCUUGAUUCCUUUUGAAGAACUUUCCGUUACUGUUACGGUUUCGAAACGUCAUCUUGUUCGUUUAUUAGCUUCUUCUGUUAUCACAGGGUAUACUUUAUGGAAUGCUGAUUAUAGGAUUAGGUUACUUAGAAACUUUGAAAAAAAUUCAGCCGAUACGUCGAAUAGGAUGAAUUCCGGUGGUUGUGAUGAUGCGUUAGAGGUUCGGAUUGGCAAGAAUAGCAAAGCGUGUUUUGAAGAGUUGGAGAGAUUGAAAUUGCAAUGUUGUUUGGAUGAUUUGUCUAAUGACGCUGUAAAUUAUAUUCAAAAGUUGGAAUUGGAGUUAUCUACGGCCACGAAGGAGCUGCAUACUCAAAAGCAAGAAACUAUGCGGAUUGUAUAUACAAGAGAAAGUAGUAAUGAUCUCUUAAAGUACUUGCGCUCACUGGAUUCAGACAUGGUAAAUGAGCUAUCAAGACCGUCAUCUUCAGAGGUAAAGGAAGUUCUACAGCAACUUGUACAUUGUACAUCAAGAAAAGUAUUUAAAGAAGACAUAACCACUAGGUCAAUGGGGGAUUCAGAAGUAAGAGUUCAAGAAAAUUACCAAAAUGGCAAUGUUAUCUUCUGUGAAACACAGGAUUAUCUUGGGAAACUACUUUUCUGGUGUAUGCUACUAGGUCAUCAAUUGAGAUGUUUGGAGAACAGGCUGUACCUGAGUUGUGCAGCUGGCUUCUAGUGAUAUCAUCCAAAUGUAAGAUAAUGUAUGCUGUUUUCUUUCUUUCUUUUUUUUUUUUUAAUUACUUUUCGGUUACUUUGCAGGAUAUAUUGUAGUAAAACAGUAAAUGGGUAAAACAUAGUUGAUGAGUAAUUAGACCGUAAUUUUCUUGAA